GAGAGAGAGUGAGACACUAUGGCGUCUAAACGCGGGAAGAACGAGCGGAGCGGAAGUGCACCUGUAGCAGGGAACAGACAGUGGGAGGGGCCACUGGGCAGCGCGGUACUGCACGAGGAGAGCUGGGAUGUGUGUGUGUCCCUGGUGGUGUGUGACAGUGUGUAUGUCGAGGUGUGUAUGCGAGCUCUGUGCCAGGCUGUACAGCAGCCGCUCCGCCGCCUCUUCACCCUCCUGUCCUGGGAGAACCUGCUGCAGAAGGUUAACGACCUCGGGAACCCAAAGACGAGGAAGAUCAAAGAGCUUCCUGCAUUUUAUGAGGUGACGGAGGUGGCUAAGUCAGUGUUGGACUCAGGAGAUGAGCUUUCUGUAGACCUGCUAACAAAAUUAGUGAAGUUUCAACUGCUGGACAUCAAGAGCGCUGACAUACAGAGACGAGCCGCAGCACAGAAAGCACCAGCACCAGUGGCUCCUGUUAAAGAGAAAAGUGAUAAAGGUAAAAAGGGAGCAGAAGCUCCGCCCCCUCGUAAAGACACCGCACUGAAACGCAGAGGAGACGAGAGCGCCGUCAGCUACAUCGACGAUGAACCAGACGACGGUCCGCAGCACUACGUCCUCAUGACGGGUUUCCAUCAGCCGAGUCUGAUCUCCGCGUUGGACUCGGUCGGUGUCCACGUCUCCAGCAUAAUCAGACUGAUAUCAGACAGGGGUCAGACACCGUCCGCGGCUCAGGAGGACGAGAGAGACGACACGUCUGAGGAGCGCGAAUUCCCGGCAUGUGCGUCGGAUCUUCAGCAGGAGCUCGGCCUGUUCUGGGAUCAGCUGGAGGGGGUUCUGAACAGCGCCGGCUUCCAGUCCCGACUCUCUGACGUCGCUCGCCUCGACUACAGAGUGGAUCAGAACCUGCUGAACCGAGACUUAAACAAAGCUCAGGAAAUGCAGGAAGUGGGUGUGGCUGUCUUUGAGGGCGUGGCCUGUUUGCUGUAUGACAGUUUGGAUUGGAGGAGGCAGCACCAGCACUACCUGAGCAGCAUGAGACUGAUGGACGUCCCCGUCCUCUACACACCUGGACACAAACUCCGACCUGAUACAUCUGCUGAGGCCGUACCGGUGAAGAAGAGGGCGGAGCUAAGAUCAGAGUCGGAGUGUGUUGUGGAUGUGGACCUGAGGCUGUACUCUGAUCUUCUCGACAGACUUCCUGUGCACUGUGUCUCUGUUCCUCUCAUCCUGCACUGCCUGAUAGAACAGGUGGCGUCAUCAGAGACAUGCGGCGUCCCAGCGCGGCGCGAGUCCAGGUCCGAGCCGGAGCUCAUGUCCUACGUGGCGCGGGCGGCGGGCGGUGUGUCCCGGGGCGAGCAGCAGGGCGGCGAGCUGAUGGAGUAUUUUGGGCAUAACGAGGAAGAUCAAAGGACAGAGAAAAGCCCCGCCCUCUUGCAUCAUCACGACGAGAGAUCAAAGAGGCUCAACUGCAUACAUGUGUUAGAGGGUUUGGACGUGGUGAGUGCUGAGGUGUGUGUGAUGAAGACGGCUCCUCUGUGGAACACACUGAUGUGUAAACACCCGGAGACCAACAGCCUCAGUGCAGCCAGGAGACACGAGCUACUGCACUACUGUUCUACUGACUCUCUGAGUCCUGCAGAUGUUCAGAGGUUCCUCCAGCUGUGUGUGUUUGAGAGCAUGCCCCUGACUGCAGUAGACGCAGAUGGAGGUCACACACCUGUUGCGUCACACACUGUUUUGCCGUGGGACGACCCCGUGACCUUCACACACACCGUCUACCGCGGCCUCGACGCCACACACGACUGGACCGCCGGCUGUGACGAGCAGCAGGAUAAUAAAGUCAGUGCAGUAGAUUUACAGAAGACUCUGAGUCGACACUUCAGACACUGGAACUACACCGAACAUCACAGCGCUGACGUCUUUCCUCAGGUUGUGCAGACAGUGUCUGAGGCGUACGAGUGUGUGGAUUCGUACCCCAGCAGUCAGUCCAGCGUCCUGUACGUCGUGUGUCACAACCCUAUGAGUCCCGAGAGGAGCAGCAGAGGAUCAUGGGAAGUCUCUCUGCACACAGACGUUAGAUUCAGGAGCUACCUGGAGAAUGUUGCAGAGUCCAUUAGGGACUGGAUCCAAGUCGAGGAGGAAGAGGAGAGACGGCAAAAACAACAACAACAACAUCAACAACAACAACAACGAGAGUCAGAGGCACUGGAUACGCCCACGAUAGGAGUGUCCCCAGUGUCAGACGUGUUUAUACGAAACGACUCUCUGAAAGCGUGGAAGAUAGAGAAGGACAGACAGAAGGAUGAGGAUGUGACGAAGAAGACGAAGAAGGAGACGAAGAGUUCUGCUAAAGGAGGAGAGCGGGCGGAGUCAACCAGGGAGGAGGAGCAUCACACAUCUCCGCCCAGUACAGAGUCAAGGAGCGACACACACCUUACACACGACACACACAUGAGGAGUGACGAUCACACACACACUGAGAAGCAACCGGUGUUUACUGGUUACAGGAUGGGCGGCAGGUUGGUGCAGGUGAGAGGAGAGACGCAGAGUGUGUAUCCAUCAGACGGGGGACAGAUCAGUGUGGAGAGAGUUCACUAUGUGCAAGGCUCGACACAGUUCAAAGUAUGUGUGAAAAAAGAUGGCCACUGUUUCUACACACACAUCACAGAACCGGAGAGACAGAACAUACACGGUCAGAGUGAGAAAUGCGGCUGUUUUUACGCCGUACUGAAUAACGGACUUACACUCGCCUACAGUCACACACAUCAGGACGUCGAUGCUCCUCCUCUUCAGCUCCACGUUUCUCUUCCCACGGGCCUUCAGAUCCGCUUCAGCUUCCAACACACAGCACAAGGUCAGGCCGUGUUGGUCCAUCAGUCACUCCCCCUCUCCGGAUCCGGACUUUCUGCCACACACACCGAGUCGUCACGUACCAUCACCUGCGACGGAGCCGUGAUCAGACACAUGAGGGAUGGUUCCACUGCGGUGCUGUUUGCUGAUGGCACGGUGAGUGUGAGUCCUGACUCAGGGCCGGUGUGUGUGAUCGUUUCCACCAGCUCAGGACAGAACGAGGACACAUCUACACACACACAGAGCAGAGACACAAAGGUUAAGUCCAGCUCAGGUACUGGAGUAGAAGGGGUGGAGCCAACAGCAAGGGCGGAGCUUAAAGAGCAGGUAAAGGUGACGGGUGGUUCGUGGUGCACCACCACUCCGUCAGGAGUCAGGAUCAGGACCAUCAGAGGAGAACCAGUGGAGGAGAACCCUGUCCUGACCUUCUACAGCACUGACCCACAAACACAUAGUGUGCUGAUGACGAGGGAUGAUGGUGUAAUGUGUGUGUCAGAGAAACACAGAGCUGUAGUGGAUCAUGCUGACGGAACCAGAAUUACCUCCAGCUACCAGCAGAGGGAGACGCUGAGGCAGCAGAGCUCAGGCAGCAGACAUGAUGGAGGGAGAGCGAGCGAGGUGAAGGUGGAGAAGAGUGGAUACGCUACAGUGAGGUUGAAGUGUGAGGAGAAGAGCGCUGAGGUUCUCUUCAGAGACGGAACCACCAUCAGCGCCACUGCACUCGGAUCAUACAGGGUCCGUCUGUCUGAUGGAGGCUGUCUGUCCGUCUGUGAGGAUGGUGUGGCUGUGUACAACAGUACAGGACCUGAAGGAGACCAGUGUGGACGUUACAUCAUGAGUCACUCCCAGGGUUUAGUGUGUGAGGUCACAGACUCAGAGGGAAACCAGUACCAGGUCACAGCAGAGGGCGGAGUCUCCAUCUCACACACACACACUGACACGGAGCGAAAGGCGCAACAGAACACCGGCCUCGAUACACACACACCUCGGUUGUUUGUGGUCUACGCUGACGGUUCUGCGCUGGAGUUCCUCUCCUCUCAGACUGUAGACGAGAUUCUGCGGAAGGAGAACACAGAUCCCUCGGUCGCUGUGAUCAGAGACCCCAUACCACACACACACGAGGCAUUUGCAAUCACAAUCCUGAAACCUUUCUCUGACCUGAAUUCCUAUUGGCUCUCACCUGAACACCUGGAUGACAUCAUUCCUGCAAACCUUAAAUCCAGGAAGUGGGACACGUUCCCCGCCUCCGAGGUGCAGAUCCCCGGUCCUCCGUUCGGAGUGUCUCUGGGUCGAGGUUUACAGCUGAAGGAGAGAACCGGGAGGGGUUCUGAUCCGACUCCAACAGCCCUGCAGAACCCUGACACGCUGCUGAUCCGCCGGAUCACUCAACACUCACCACUCACACAACACUACGAGCACCUGCAAGACAAACUGAUGAUGUACAUGAAUCAGCUCGUGCAGAGAGAGAAGCUGAAAGAUGAGAUGAAGAUGAAGGAUCCUCGAACAGCAGACGAGGAACUUCAUUUUGAUCUCCAACUUCUACAGUCUCAGUCAGACUCAACACCAGAUUCAACACCUGAGUUCAUGCUCUCUCUGUACUCUCAGGCUGUAGGCGUGUCUCACUCUCCCCCAUCUAAUGAAACCAAAGAACCAAAAGGGACACAGUGCAAACAGAAUUCUAAGUGGGGGAACAGGAUCCGCCAACACAGGGUGGAUCUGCAGGAGGAGUCGAGGCAGCGCCGCGCUCUGAGAAAUCACAUGGUGACGCCGUACUUCCAUCCCGAGCUCCAGGAGAUGAGACGCUUCCUGCAGGAGGAGCUGAAGGUGACGUCCGGCUCUCCGAAUCUUCCCUCACUCCCUUAAAUAAAUAAAUAGAUAGAUAGAUAGAGAGAUAGAGAGAUAGAGAGACUUAAUUGAUUGAUUGAUGCUUUAUUGAUCCCAAAGGAAAUUUGAAACAUCCAGUAGUAAGGACGGCAACACAAGAGAAAUGUAGUGGCAAUUGCACCGUGUAAAGCACACAGCCAAACACACACUCACACACUCACAUACACACAUGUAGGACCACCACCUCCAGGAACAACUGAGAGAAAACUAAAUACAAUAUUGUCAGGAUUUAAGGGUAACUGCAGGCGUGGUGUAGGUGCGGAUGUAAAGAGAUUUAAACCAAGGUCACAGGACCAGUGGACUUAAACAUCACACUGAGCCACACCCUAAUCAACCAAAACCAGACAGAGUAAAGUUCUAAACAUGAGACAUAAAGAGCAGGAUAGACCAUAAAAACCUUAAAGAGUAAAAUAGUAAAAACACAACAGAACUCAGGGUCAGAGCUAGCGGACGCGCCGCUGCGUACUGAAAUACAACAACUCUUCUGAGCGCUGACACUUUUUACUCAGCGCUAGCGACACGGUGGAGCGGUUAGCACUGUCGCCUCGCACCUCCGUGGUCUGGGUUCAAUUCCCGUCUCUGUGUGUGUGGAGUUCCUGCGCUUAGUGGGUUUCCCCCGGGUACUCCGGUUUCCUCCCACAGUCCAAAGAUCUGCACAUUAGGCUAAUGUUCCCGUAGUGUGUGAGUGAGUGUGUAUGUGUUUAACCUGCGAUGGAUUGGUCCUCCGUCCAGGGUGUACCGCCACUCGCGCCUUAAGUCUCCUGGGAUAGGCUCCACCCCCCCAUCCUAUACCAGUUAAUAUGAAAUAUGUAUCAAUCAUACUUAUUCAAAUGAUCAAUUCAAUAAUGCUCAGUGCUUUAAAGUUCUGUUUAUUUCUUAGUGUUUGAUUCUGUAGAAGGUUU